CCUUGGACUGUUGUUGCGCCGUAAUCUUUGACCCGCCCCGAGACGUGACGACGGCUAGACCACAAUACGCACUGCGAUGGAGUGCGCCAACCUAGACGAGUGCGUCGAAAACUGGGAGUCGAUAGCUGGUGAAUACAAGACUCUCGAGAAUGCCAAUAAAGAAUAUUUAGCCAAGGUAGAGGAGGUUAGUGAUCUUCAAGGUCAGUGUAUGAAACAAGUCAGUCACCAAAAAUAUCGAUUAAAUUUUAUUGCCAAAUCUCUUAAAAAUUUUGAAAAAGAUGAACGUCAAGACAUUGUACAACGACUUUGGAAAGAUAUUAACCACCGCCGCCAACAACUGUCAGAUAUUGAACAAUCACUCCCAAAGCCCAAUGGAUCAUACUUGAAAAUUAUUUUGGGCAAUGUAAAUGUAUCAAUUUUGAAUAAAGAAGACAAGUUUCGUUAUAAAGAUGAAUAUGAAAAAUUCAAACUGGUUCUUAGCAUUAUUGGUUUCUUUUUAUCUUUAUUGAAUUUGGUGACCAAAAGACGUGCACUCGAACUAACUUUUUUGUUUCUUUUGGUUUGGUAUUAUUGUACACUGACAAUACGCGAAAGCAUAUUGAAAGUAAAUGGGUCAAAAAUCAAAGGAUGGUGGCGACUUCAUCAUUUUAUAUCUACUGUGGCUUCAGCCGUACUACUUGUUUGGCCAAAUUCCGAAACGUGGUACAUAUUUAGGCCACAAUUCAUGCUUUUUAAUGUACUUAUUAGUGUAGUUCAAUCAUUCCAAUUUAUAUACCAACAAGGGGUUCUAUAUAGACUAAAAGCAUUAGGUGAACGUCACAAUAUGGAUAUUACCAUUGAAGGUUUCCAUUCUUGGAUGUGGCGUGGUCUUAGCUUUCUACUACCAUUCCUAUAUUUAGGAUACAUUUUUCAACUGUACAACGCAUAUACAUUAUAUAAGUUGUGUUAUCAUCCAGAUGCCACUUGGCAGGUUCCUGUUUUGUCAGGAUGUUUUUUUAUAUUGUUCUUGGGAAACGCGGUUACUACUUCAAUGGUCAUUCCAGAAAAACUAAAAGAAGUAAAAAUAAGACGAAUUAUUAAGACGUAUACUAGAAAAAUGUCUGGCAAUCGACUUGGAGCUGACCCCAAAAAAAGUGACUGAAAAAUUAAUGUAAAAGAUAACAAAGAAUAUUGCAACUUCAAGACUUUUAUGAUAAUUAAAAUGUAUAGAUGAAGAAAUACAUUUUGUUAAAAUAUUUUCAUACAAUUUAAGAAAAUUUAUAGUUAACCAUUGCACAAGUUGUUUUUUUUUUUUAUUAAUUUUGGAUAAAUUAUUGUAAGUGUAUUGUGUAACAAUAACAAAUAAAAAAACGUAAAAUAUAACUAUUUCAUAUUU